AUGAAUAGUACACAAGCAGCACAGACUGCAACUCAAAUCAUUGCAAAGAUCAAGUCGAAGGAAUUCAAAGAUCGUUUGAAUGGCUAUGAGGAGAUGUUGAAUCUGUUUUCAACGUUGCCCGACGGUAACGCUCCAGAGUUUCUCAGAUUGUCACCGGCCUUUGAAAACACGCGUGACUCGACCAAAGUCAAAACGAUCGAUGCCAUCUUGAUGUUGAUCGAAGUGGUUGGACCCGAUCAGGUUCUCAAUCUGCUCUGCAACGUCGGAUGCACCCACAAAACACCAAAGAUUGCAACCUACUCGGUGUUUACACUGAAGGAGAUCGUCCGACAAUUCGGAAGCACUCUUAUCAACAUCGAGCCAAUCAUGACACAACUUGCCAAUGCAUUCGAACAUCAGACCAAAGAGGUGAGAUCUGAAGCAUUGGCAUUGGCAGUGGAGCUGUAUCUCUGGAUAGGCGACGCAUUGGUACAACACUUGAAAUCACUCAGACCUUCACAGCUCAAAGAGUUAGAAUCAUCGAUCAACUCAUUACCAGCCAAUCGUGAAGUACCAGUUCCACUUCGUAGCAUUAGAAAUAACAGAUAUUCAUCGUCAUCAUCUUCAGCAUCAGCAGCAACAUCAACAUCGGCAACAAUUUCAAAUUCCACUACCAUACCACAACCACCACCUCAACAGCAACAACAACAACCACAAUCAAUAUUGAAAUCAUCAAGUUCGAAAAUAUCAAAUACACCCUCAUCCAUCACAACAAACUCGAAUUCACCACCAAAUUCCAUUUCAAACUCCCCACCAAACUCGAUAACUAAAUCGAAUGUAUUUUCAAGUCCACAAUCUACACCUACAAAACAACAACAACAACAACCAUUACAACAACAACAACCAUUGAAUCAAUCACAAACUCCUGGUCUUGCAGCAACAACAACAACUAAUAAUAACUAUGAUAUUGGAUUACAGAAUCAACUUUUACAGUUCUAUCAGACAUCGGAGGAUCCCUCUUGGAGUGUUAGAAAGCAAGCUAUUACAGAACUCUUGAUACCAUUGAUCUCUAGUGAGAAGAUCUCUCAGUUGGUUCACUAUGAUUAUCAAAAGAUAUCAUCUACACUUGCCAAGCUUCUUGGCGACCCAAAUAUAUUUGUCAUUCUCACUUGUAUCAAUGCACUCGAGUUACUUGUAAAAAGACUCUCAAAAGAUAUAUUUUUCAAUUAUAUUAUAUCACUUGUACCUAUAAUGCUCGAUAGUUUUAAAGAGAAAAGACCUCAACUUUGUGAUUCAAUUCAUGCAUGUUUAAAUACAAUAAUGGAUAAACAAUUAAGAAUUAAUGAUGUUUUAGAUUUUAUUUUAGAGAUUUUAAUUAAUAGUAAAGUUAGCAAACUUAAAUUUGAAGUAUUAUUCUGGUUUAAGAGAUUAAUACUUAAUUCACAUGCACAAACUUAUAAGGAUAAAUUACCUUCAAUUAUAAGUGCUUUAAUAUUAAAUUUAGAUGAUAGUUUAAAAGAAAAUAGAGAUAUUUCAAUUGUAAAUAUAUGUACAUUAACAGUUAUAUUUAAUGAAAAAGAGGUGUUUCCAAUGCUGGAGAAUAAAUUGGAUGAAACAAAAAUGACUUUGAUCAAAGAUGGAAUUAAGGAUGUCGUUAUUCCCACUCCGCAUUGGUCGCGUUCCAAAAAGAAUGGAAUGCAAUUCUCACCGCGAGCACCUUCGAAACUUGGUGGUCCCAAUUCAAAUAUGGCUGGAUCGCCGGGUGGCAGUAGCUACAUGUUCAAUGGCAAUGGCGGCGUCGGCAGCGGCAACGCGCAGUCGCCAAUGAUGGAGAACAAGAAAUUCAGUCGUCACUCUGUCAAUAUCUCAGAGUAUCGCGCCAACAAACCAGCGGUCGACAGCGACAACAGCAGUCAAGGUGAGACUUCCUCCUCGAAGCAAAUCAAAGAGUUGCAACAGGAACUCGAGGAAUUCAACCAGAAGAUGUCAGAGAAAUUGAAAUACUUGAUGCGGUCGUCCGAAGAGGAGACCUGUUUGCUGCACGAGCAGAUUGCGCUUCAGCGCCAACAGUUCGAAGCUGAGCAGCACUCGGAAGACGCCAAGUUCUACGAGACACUCAAUAUGGAGUUAACCAAGGAGCUGCAGUCGGAGCGCGACAAGAAGAAGGAUUUGCUCCUCAGAAUCGAGGAUCUCGAGAUACAGAUGAACAACGCACAGCACUCGCAAGUCAAGAUCAUCAACGAGAGACAGCGACUCUUGGAUCAACUCGCCCAGAAAGCCGAGGAGAUCGAAGAGCUCAACGAGAUGAUAAUGAGCGAUGAACAGAUGCGCGACGAUCUCAUGGAUGAAAUCGAGCGACUCAAGGGUAGCACUAUCACCGUAGGAUCACUUCACGAUCCCAACCGUUAUCUUGUUGAACUUCCAAAGCAUCUCAUCGACAAACUACCGUCCGACGAACUAGAGCUAUUCGAAGAAGUAUUCUUAGCAAACGUUAGAAUUAUUCAAGAAGCUAAAUUAAAUCAUCAACAACAACAACAACAACAACAACAACAACAACAACAGCAACAACAAUAG